UACGAAACAUCUGAUACAUGUGUAUUUAUUUUGAAAUUACGCCUCGCAGGACAGAAGUUGUAAUAAACAUCGCAAAGACAAGUUUGGGAGAGCGUAAGAGGCCUAUAAUUGACAAAAAGUUUCCUUCCUAGAACUAGAACUUUCUACGCCCACAAUAAACAUGAUACGCCAGUUAAUGACAACCGUAGGUCAACGUUGCUUGACACCUCUGCUUGCAAGAACGCAACGCUAUUCCGCUGCUGGAGGUGAUGGUAAAGAUGGCAAGAAAGAGGUGGUAAAUCAUGCUGAUGUUCCCAUCAUUGAUUAUGAAGAUCCCGACUAUCUACCCUUACCGGAAUAUCCCUUUAAGGCAGAUGAACCCUUGGAUAUUAAAAAGCAAAGAUUGGUCUAUCAAUCCCGCAAGCGUGGCAUGUUGGAAAACGAUUUACUUUUGAGCACUUUUGUAUCUAAAUACCUUAAGGAUUUAAAUGCUGAACUCACGGACCAAUAUGAUAAAUUGAUUAAUGGCGUCACAAACGAUUGGGAUAUCUACUAUUGGGCCACUGAUAACAAACCCACGCCGCCAGAAUAUCAAAAUGAAAUUAUGCGCAUGUUAAAAGAACAUGUAGCUAAUGCACAACGUGAACAACGUUUACGACAACCAAACUUGUAGAUUAGUUUAAAACAGUGGUGGGCAUACUGAAAUACAAGCAUAAUAUUUCCAAGCCCAUAGGCUUAUAAGCUCUUUUGUACCUACACACUUAUGUACUUAUGUGCAGUAGUGUGUUUGUGUGUAUUUGACCAUUACUGUUUUAAAAUGACGAAGAAGAGAGUAAAGUAUUUAUGUACUAGUUUUUGUUUGUGAUGUUUUAAUAAAGUAAUUUCUAAUUUUGAAA